CCUCCUGACGAAGGCCGCGGGGAAGUCCCGGGGUGAAGCUCUAGCCCUUCUUGCUCCACCCUGCUGCGAGCUGGUAUCCAGUGGCUUUCUCUGACCCGUCUGUGCCGACCACCCGCAGACAGUGUCCGCUACGCACUGCCAUUGGCGGUCUAGCAGCUGCAAUGGGAGCCGCGGCCUCCUCGGCUCUGACUGGCCUCCGCCAUGCGCUCCCAGCCUCGGCGCAGUCCAGGGCCGCCUGGCUCUGGGCGGCCGCGCUGGGACUGGCCGCUGCCGCGGCGCUGGGGGCCGCCGCCUGGAGCACUACGGGCCGGCGAUGGCGGCGGUGGCGGCGGGGGCCGCGGCAGCUGCGGCAGGUGGGCACCGUGGCGCAGAUCUGGAUCUACCCCAUUAAGUCUUGCAAGGGGGUGAUCGUGAACGAGGUCGAAUGCACCGAGAUGGGGCUGCGCAGCGGCAACCUGAGAGACAGGUUUUGGCUGGUGACUAAGGAAGAUGGUCACAUGGUCACUGCAAGGCAGGAGCCUCGCUUAGUGCUGAUCAACAUAAUGUGGGACAAUGACCAAAUGACCCUCAGUGCUCCAGAUAUGAACGAUCUGGUUGUACCUAGAAAACUAUCCUCUACCAAUGCUAUUCGGGACUGCAGGAUAUUUGGCGUUGACAUUCAGGGUAGAGACUGUGGAGAUGAAGUAGGCCAGUGGAUCACCAGCUUCUUAAAAACAGAAACAUUUCGACUGGUUCAGUUUGAGACCCACAUGGCAGGAAGAAAGUCAAAAGAAAUUUGUCAUCCCUCUGUUCAGAAUUAUGAGGUGGCUUACCCUGACUGCUGUCCCGUCAUGAUGCUCUCAGAAGCUUCCCUGUCAGAUCUUAAUACCAGGCUUGAGAAGAAACUGAAAAUGGAACAAUUUAGGCCAAACAUCGUGGUGACUGGUUGCAGUGCUUUUGAGGAGGAUACCUGGGAUGAAAUCCUAAUUGGAAGUGUGGAAAUGAACAAGGUUUUGGCUUGCCCCAGAUGUAUCAUGAUAACAGUGGACCCAGACACUGGAAUCAUUACUAGGAAAGAGCCCCUGGAAACAUUGAAGAGCUACCGCCUCUGUGAUCCAGCGGAGAAGCAUCUAUACAAGUCAGACCCACUCUUUGGGAUGUAUUUUUCAGUGGAAAAAAUUGGAAGCCUAAAAGUCGGUGACCCUGUGUAUCUGAUGACUCAGUGAUGGAGGUCCUGGGGGGUGACUGGUUGAUAUGGUCACAAUACUGAAAAGGGAUUGACCAGGAUCUCACAGUGACAUUUCUACAGACCCAUAACAUAAAACCUUUUAGUAGAUUUGUCUUGGAAAACCUCUAUAAUACUUCUGACUCCCUACUGACACUUAUGUUCUGUGUGUUAAUGUGACAAAAGGAAAAAUCUGGGUGGGGGGGCUGAG